UGAUUGGCAAGUACUACCAAAACAAACCUUAUCAAAUAGCUAAGAUAAGUGAGUGAUAAGUUUCAGUCGAAGUUAGAUUUUUGAGCCAAGUGAUGGAGCGACGUUACACGUGAAAUGUAUUUAUUUAAAUGUUUCGUUCCUAACUGGUUUGUGGUCCUUUUAGUUGCUUGUUACGGUCUAUAUAGGUGGGCUGUUGCGAAACAUGAUCACUUUCUCAAACGGGGAAUUGAUCAUGACAAGCCAUUGCCGUUCUUUGGAACUUUUAAGAAUCUGUAUCUGCGCGCCGACAGUCAUUUCGGGGUUGUAAUGAAGCAGUAUGAAAAGUAUAAGCAUAAAAGUUACUUUGGGAUAUACGAACAUCGAAAUCCUAUACUAGUAGUAAGCGACCCAUCACUCAUACGACAAAUCACUGUCACCGACUUUGAUCACUUCAUGAACCAUGGUGAUAUGUUCAACAGCACUACAAUCCAGGAUCUGACUUUUGCCAUGCCCAAGGAUAACAAAUGGAAAAGUUUAAGGACUAAACUGCUGCCAUGCUUCCGAUCAGAGAAUCUACGUUUUAUGUUUUAUCUGAUCGAAGAGUGCUCCCUGUUAGCUAUAUACAAUCUGAAAAACGAGACUGAAUCUAGCUCAAUCAUUGAAAUCAAUAUCUUUAAUUUUUUUUGCGCGGUUCUUCAUAGAUGCAUUAGCAGCCACCACGUUUGGAAUGAGGCCGAAUUCUGUUUCAUUCAAGGAGAAUAUGUUUUUCAACCAAAUUCUUGGAGCAAUAGAUAUAAAUCCUAUGCUUUACGUUAUUCACUUUUUAUAUGGAAAUUUCCCAGGAAUCAUGAGGGUGAGUUUGAAAAUUGCCUCCUUCUGUAA